GGGCGGUAUACCAAGGAAAAGUCCAUGUCCAUCCAAAACAGAUAUUUUCGUCGCAGCUACAAAGGACGACUAAGAGGCCUAGGCCCUAUUCUAGUUUCUUUAAAAUAUUAGCGAAGAAAAACAUACUGUUUCUUUAGUUGUUUUAUUUUCUUUUCUGCCAUUAUUGAAAGAAACUAACGUCUUCAAGAGGACCCUAGUGUACCCUAUCAAGAAGAAUUUAUUGACCGAGCGGACAGAUCGGAGUACGGAUCGCAGCUGCUUGACCCUACCUACUCUGUACCUAGCUAGCCUAGAUAGGCCUGGAGAUAGAGUAAACAUAAUAAGGACGAGUGGUGGGCUAGGCCUAGCCCUGGCUAUGUAUAUUAAAACAUGAAUACAAGGAGUACGAUUUUAUGUUAUUCUUCUGUUCUUAUUUUAGGUGCUAUACUCGCUGGUGUUGACACUAGACAAACUGAUUUAAAUUCUGAUGUAGGCAAUGGGCCUGUGGGAAGUACAAAGGAUGAAAGAGGGAAGCAGACAGAAGAUAAGGAAACACAAAAUGUUGAAAAAAAUAAAAAUGUUAUUAUAAACCAGGAUGCUGUUAAUAAACAAAAACAAAAAUAUCAACCAAUUGUAAAUACAGAAGCUCUUAGAAAAGAACAAAUACAACAACAAUUACAAGAAACUUUAGAACAAUCACAACAACAAAUAAAACAGCCAUUGCCACAAAAAACGCAACAAAAACAAGCACAACACCAGCCUCAUGAAAGUCAACAACAGACACAUUUGGAGAACUCUGGAAAUCUUAGACUGCCUACUAAACCACAGAAUCAAGGGAGCAGUCCGCAACGAUUUAAGCAAUCUAACCCUUCUGAAAAACUUGACGAAAAAUCAACCAUUAAUCAACCUGAUACUCGUUCAACAACACAAAAAAGUGCCAAAGUAUCAGAUAUUUCAACACAAAAAACAAAACAGGAACAUGUACAUACUUCGGGACACAUACAACAACCGCUGCUGAAGAAGCAGGCUUCAGUGGAUCAGCCAGCUACUGUCAACCCACUGAAUGAACGAACUGAAGCUGGAAGUUCUAGGCCCACAACGCCUAAACCAGCAGUGGAAAUUGAAAAGGAAGAGAACCUAGACCCAGAAGAAAUAGAGCGAAGAGCCAAAGUAAAAAAACUAAUAGAUGAAGCAUUUAAGUUGAUGUUUGAGGACAGAGAUGAUGAAGCAAAACAAGCAAGGGGUCUUGAAGUAUUGUUAGAAGCUGCACGUCUAAAUGACACUGAAUCUCAAGUGACCUGUGGUUUUGCAUCGUUGUUUGGUAGAUAUUUACCCUUGAAUGUGACGUUAGCAUGGGAAUUAUUUCAAGCAGCAUCUGCCAAGGGACAUCCAAAAGCACAAGCAGGUAUUGGAUUUAUGUAUACAGCUGGAAUCAGUACUGACUCAAAUCAAGCCAAGGCACUGGUAUACUACACGUUUGGAGCACUAGGGGGCGAUGUUUAUGCACAAAUGGCAAUGGGAUACCGACACUGGGCUGGUAUUGGUGUGACACAGAGCUGUGAGGCUGCCCUUGUGUACUACUCCAAGGUCGCUGAUAAAGUGGCGGAUGAAGUGUCAAAAGGCAUGAUGGGAAUUGUGCAGCGAAUCCGUUUGUUCGAUGAGCAAGAGAACCCUGGUAGCAACGGCGCCCUCUUAGAUGAGGACCUUAUUCAAUAUUAUCAAUUUCUCGCUGAUAAAGGAGAUGUUCAAGCACAGGUUGGUUUAGGUCAGCUGAACUACCAAGGUGGCCGUGGUAUAGCAAGGAAUCAUAAUAGAGCUCUUGAGUAUUUUAGAAAUGCUGCUGAAGCAGGCAAUGCCAAUGCUCAGGCAUAUCUUGGAAAAAUGUAUUCAGAGGGCAGUAGUGUUCUGAAACAGGAUAACGCAACUGCUUUCAAGUAUUUCAAAAUGGCUGCCGAUCAAGGCAAUCCAGUCGGUGAAUUUGGCUUAGGGUCCAGUUAUCUACAAGGGCGUGGUGUCAAACAGGAUCAGCAUAAAGCCUUCCAGUACUUCAACGCUGCUGCAGAACAAGGAUGGGUAGAUGCUCAGCUUCAACUCGGCAAGAUGUACUUCAGUGGUGUUGGUGUAAAGAAAGACUACAAGAUGGCAUUUAAGUUCUUCAACUUAGCAUCACAAUCAGGUCAUAUCCUGGGCUUCUACAGCUUAGCUCAAAUGCAUGCAUCUGGGAUUGGAAUAAUGCGUUCCUGUCACACAGCUGUGGAGUUAUACAAGAAUGUGGCAGAGCGAGGUCGUGUUUCUGAGAUGUUGAUGGACGCCCACAGUAUGUAUAAAAAUGGAGAUCCCGACUCAGCCUUUCUCCAGUACAGUUUACUGGCAGAGCUUGGCUACGAAGUAGCUCAAAGCAACGUUGCAUAUAUACUUGAUAAAGGUGAGGCUAGUCUGUUUGGCGUGAACGAAACCUAUCAGAGGGCACUCUUAAAUUGGCAGAGAGCUGCGGCGCAAGGUUAUACAAAUGCCCGAGUGAAGCUUGGAGAUUAUCAUUACUAUGGCCACGGCACUGACAUUGACUACGAGGCUGCAGCAAACCACUACCGUAUGGCGUAUGAGCAACAGCACAAUCCUCAAGCUAUGUUCAACUUGGGAUAUAUGCAUGAACAGGGACUUGGGCUUAAACGAGAUAUUCACCUUGCUAAAAGAUUCUAUGAUAUGGCAGCUGAUAGUAGCACUGAAGCAUAUCUACCAGUGACCUUGGCUCUGACUAAAUUAGCCCUUUUGUUCACUCUACAAUAUUUUCAAGAUCAUACUGAUUUCUGGCAACAUAUAGACAUGGAGGCGACAUUUGGACAUUAUUGGGAUGUGUACCUGGCAACAUUAUUAGCAAUGUUAUUGGGAGUUGUGAUGAUACUGAGGAGAAACUGAUAAAAUUAGGAUUGCCAUAAUUUUCUUUAUCAUUUUUUUUUAUUAAAAUAUUUUUAAAUUGACUCAAAAGGGAUAAAAUCAUAUGAGGAUUCAUUGAUACAUUUAUAGACAUCAUCAAUGUAAAAUAUAUGUGAAUAGAAAAAGAGUAUUGCUUUAUUAAUUAAUAUCCAUUCUGUUGCAUUGUAUGAAAAAUAUAAUAUAUUAUGAUGUAAAAUAUGAGAAGAACAAAUAUUGGCCUCAUCGUGAUCUGUACCGGAGUAGUGGCACAUCCAGGAAUUUGAAAUAGGAGGGGUCCAGAGAGGACUGACUUUCACAGAAAAGAAUUUAUACCAUCUCAGUCCCUCCUUGGUUGUGGCUGAGGUAUUGGGAAUACAGUAAAGCACAUACAGGAAACCAUAAUUUCAUGGAAAUGUAUACAGUACAUAACCACAAUUUUGGUAGUUCCUCAUCUCUUUUGUGUUAUAUUGUAAGCAACAUGUUUUGUUUUAUUUUUAGUGUUAGUGUUUCAUUCUUAUUCCCAUGUUGGUAACAUUACAGUUAAAUUCUUUGUCAUUGGUAUUAUAUCAUUAUAAAUCAAUUCAUUUACUUAAUUUUCUCUCAGGAUAUUUAUUCUAUAAUAAUGUUCUUAUGGUUGUUUUAAAAGAAGCAUGGACAUACAUAAAACCUGCAUACAUAUUUUGUAGAUUUAUCUGUUUAUUAUUUCAUUGGAUUAAUUUUCGUUAAUCCCUAAUAAUAAGUGGAUGGUUAUUAAUUAAUAUAAUACCUAAUAAAUUAAUACUGGGCAUUGGUACUGGUGAGUUAAUAAUUAAGUUGUUAUUAAAGGUUUACAUUUUAUUGCAAGGUAAUUUAUGUAUAAACUUUUUCAUGGUAAUUUUCAAAAGAUAUUGAUAUAGACUAGAUUAGGCGAAGGUGUGAUUCUUCCCGCUCCCCUCCCCCUUCUUCAUACUGUAUAUGAAAAAAAUGAGAUUUUAACUGUUAUAGAGGGCAGUGUAGUCUUUGAGUUUGGUUUUUUUGUGAAUGUGUAUCAAAGGUUAAAUUGUGACGUCAUAGGUCUAUUGUGCGGCAAUGGUUUGUAGAUAAAGUUUGCACUUUUACAUUCCUGGAUGUUACAAGUAAACUUUGCAAUUCGGUCAGCUGCAUUUAUAUAGAAGUACGAUUUUCAUUUAUGAACAAUAUUAUAUAAUACAAAGGUUUAAUUUUAAUGAAAAAACCAUUAAUCAAUAUUAGUUAAUUGUUUAUUAAUGAGUAAGUAAAUUAUUUAAUGUUGCAUACGUUCACAUAAUGUAUUUUAGUAAACAAAGUUGAAUAUUGUCAGUAACAUUUGUUCUUAUGUUAGGUUACCAACUUAGUGCUACUGUAUUAAUUUUGAAGUUUUUAGGUGGGUUAAUUGUGUUUUGUUUCUCUUCAUAUUUGAUGAUGAUGUCAUUUUUUUGUUUCUUAAAAAAUAUAUUGUCUAUUGAGUUAAUGAACUUGAGUAAUAAAAUGAAAUAUUUGAAUUAAUGACUGUAUUUUCACGCCAAUUUACAAACCCAUCCUAGGAGUAUGAAUUUAUUUUUGGUGUGAUUCAAACAAAGGAUAAACGCAAGAUGAAUAAAUUAUGACGUCAUCCGUUAACGUUUAGGUUAACGUGGUGUGGCUAAACUACCUAAUUUCUAUUAAAUUGCUGUACUGUAUAUCCAAUCAAAUUA